GAUUUGACUGAAGAAAGGGUUGUGUUUAAAGCGUUUACCGCGUAGAAACUGUUCUACUUUAAAGUUCUACGAACGAUACAGAAUGAAUUGUUUAUUAUUUACCGUAACAUAUUAAUGUUUUAUUUAAAAGUUAUUAAGGUUAUUUCUGUGAGUAAAGCGCAUCCACACACGAGUAACACAAAAGAACUGAGUGUUUAUAAAAAUACCUGCUGAAGCAACCGAGAUCCACGUGACACACAAAGAUGCCGUUUAUUAAAGAGGAGUGUGAAGACGUUAAAACUGAAGAAGUGUUCAGAGUCAAACAUGAAGAUACUGAGGAUCAAAUAAUUAAAGAGGAGAUUGAAGACAUCAGGAUUGACGAAGGAUUCGUUCUGAAAGAUACUGAGGAAAAAACAGACCUAAUGGCAUUGAAAAAAGAGACAGAAGUACUCAAUGACAUUGAAGAGAAAGAUCAACACAAGAAUCAUCAUGAUUUCACAACUGGAAAAAAAUCAUUUAGGUGUUCACAGACUGAAAAGAUUUCCACACGAAAAAAAGCUCAAAAGACUGGAGCAACUAAAAGGCAUGUCAAUUGCUUUCGGUUUGGAAAGAGUUUCAAUCAACAAGAAAACCUUAAAGUCCACAUUGGGGAGACCCCUUUUAGUUGCCAACAAUGUGGAAAAAGUUUUACUUUUAAAGGAAGCAUCAAGAGGCACAUGAGAAUUCACACUGGAGAGAAGCCUUACACCUGCAAACAGUGUGGAAAAUGUUUCACCAAUAAAGGAAGCCUUAGCUGGCACAUGAGAAUUCACACCGGAGAAAAGCCUUACGCCUGCCAACAAUGUGAAAAAACUUUCACUUUUAAAGUAAGUCUUGACAGGCAUAUAAAAAUUCACAACGGAGAAAAUCCUUACACCUGCCAGCGGUGUGGUGAGGGUUUUGCUCAACAUGUAAACCUUAGAGAGCACAUGAGAAAUCACGCUGGAGAGAAGCCUCACACCUGCGAACAGUGUGGAAAAAGUUUCACUCAUAAAGGAAGCUUUGACAGGCACAUGAGAGUUCACACCGGAGAAAAGCCUUACACCUGCAAACAGUGUGGAAAAAGUUUCACUCAACGUGGAAACCUUGAAGUCCACAUGAGAAUACACAAUGGAGAGAAUCCCUUCACUUGCCAACAGUGUGGAAAAAGUUUCAGUCAUCAAGCAAGCCUUAGCCACCACAUGAGAAAUCACGCUGAAGAGAAGCCUCACACCUGUGAACAGUGUGGAAAAAGUUUCACUCAUAAAGGAAGCUUUGACAGGCACAUAAAAAUUCACACUGGAGAAAAGCCUUACACCUGCAAACAGUGUGGAAAAAGCUUCGUUAAAAAUUGGAACCUUGUAGUCCACCAGAGAAUACACAGUGGAGAGAGUGCCUACACUUGCCAACAGUGUGGGAAAAAUUUCAGUCAAAAAGGAAACUUUGACAGGCACAUAAGAAAUCACACUGGAGAGAAGCCUUAUACCUGCGAACAGUGUGGAAAAAGUUUUACUAAUAAAGGAAGCCUUAACUGGCACAUGACUGAUCACACUGGAGAGAAGCCUUACACCUGCCCUCAGUGUGGAAAGAGUUUCCAACACAAUGGAAACCUUAACUCCCACAUUAGGAUUCACACUGGACAGAAGCCUUACACCUGCCAACAGUGUAGAAAAAGUUUCGCUCAUAAAGGAAGCCUUACAUGGCACAUGAGAAUUCACAGCACAUAAAAUGCAUAUACAGGUGCAUCUCUAUAAAUUAGAAAGUCGUGGAAAAGUUCAUUAAUUUCAGUAAAUCAACUCAAAUUGUGAAACUCGUUUAUUAAAUGAAUACAAUGCACACAGACUAAAGUAGUAGUUUAAGACUUGGUUCUUCUUGUCCAGAAAACAAUCAUUGACACCCUUCACAAGGAGGGUAAGCCACAAACAUUCACUGCCAAAGAAUCUGGCUGUUUACAGAGUGCUGUAUCCAAGCAUGUUAACAGAAAGUUGAGUGGAAGGAAAAAGUGUGGAAGAAAAAAUAUGCACAACCAACCAAGGGAACCGCAGCCUUGAGAGGUUGUCAAGCAAAAUCGAUUCAAGAAUUUGGGUGAACUUCACAAGGAAUGGACUGAGGCUGAGGACAAGGCAUCAAGAACCACCACACACAGACGUGUCAAGGGAUUUGGCUACAGUUGUCGUAUUCCUCUUGAACCACAGACAACGUCAGAGGCGUCUGGGCAUUGCCCAGUGGUCCAAAGUUCUCUUUUCAGAUGAGAGCAAGUUUUGUAUUUCAUUUGGAAACCAAGGUCCUAGAGUCUAGAGGAAGGGUGAAGAAGCUUAUAGCCCAAGUUGCUUGAAGUCCAGUGUAAAGUUUCCACAGUCUGUGAUGAUUUGGUGUGCAAUGUCAUCUGCUUGUGUUGGUCCACUGUGUUUUUUGAAAACCAAAGUCACUGCACCCGUUUAUCAAGACAUUUUAGAGUAUUUUAUGCUUUUUUUCUGCUGACCAGCUUUAUAAAGAUGCUGAUUUUAUUUUCCAGCAGGAUUUGACACCUGCCCACACUGCCAAAAGCACCAAAAGUUGGUUAAAUGACCAUGGUGUUGUUGUGCUUGACUGGCCAGCAAACUCAUCAGACCUGAACGCCAUACAGAAUCUAUGGAGUAUUGUCAAGAGGAAAAUGAGAAACAAGAGACCAAAAAAUGCAGAUGAGCUGAAGGCCACUGUCAAAGAAACCUGGGCUUCCAUAUCACCUCAGCAGUGCCACAGACUGAUCACCUCCAUGUCACGCUGAAUUGAGGCAGUAAUUAAAGCAAAAGGAGCCCCUACCAAGUAUUGAUUACAUAUACAGUAAAUGAACAUACUUUCCAGAAGGCCAACAAUUCACUUACAUUUUUUUUUUUUUUAUUGGUCUUAUGAAGUAUAGUAAUUUGUUGAGAUAGUGAAUUGGUGGGUUUUUGUUAAAUGUGAGCCACAAUCAUCACAAUUAAAAGAACCAAAGACUUAAACUACUUCAGACUGUAUGCAUUGAGUUUAUUUAAUACAUGAGUUUCACAAUUUGAGUUGAAUUACUGAAAUAAAAUAAAUUUUUCACGACAUUCUAAUUUAUUGAGAUGCACCUUUACCUGUCCCCUGCAAAGCAAGUAGAAUUGUCAAAGAUGGAUCAAUACCAACUGUUGUCCAACUUCGCAUUCAGAUCACAAGAUCACAAGCACAAUCCUAUUGUGUUAUUUUUAUAUUUCUUUAUACAUUUAUAUUUUGUAUUUCUUUGUUAUUGGGUUUGCUUUUCCUAUUUCCCUCACUGUCUUUUGUAAGAUGCCAUUGCGAUGAGUGCUAUGUUUUAUCAGCUCCUUGAGUUGGUUUAUGGUUAAUUAUUGUUUAUGGAUUUCCAGCACAAAAUGUGUUUGUUAACUUUUCUUUAUUAGAAGAUUAGUAAUCCAAGUUGAUGCAGGAUGUUGAUGAGACAAUGACAUACUUUGGUAUACUUCAAUAAAACAUAGUUAAGUUUUA